AACUUCCAGACCUACUUCAGACUGUUUGGGAGCAAAAGAAACAACAAACUUGGUGUAGGAAACUCAUCCAGGUCAUUGUAGUCUUGGAGCAUUCAAAGGAUUUACUCUGAACAAUGGAAAAUAUCUGCAACACUUCAUGGAACAACAGCUACUAUUACAGCUAUGAUUACAGCAACGUCACCUACGACUACUACAGUGAUAAUGAAAAAACUGGAUUCAUCGUAUUUGUGGUAACAUGCAUUAUCAUUUGCAUCUGCCUUCCACUGACCCUCAUGGCCAUCUUUGCUCUUUUUUCUCUGGUGCAAAAUGAUCAUGUUGCUCCAAUCUACGUCAUCAAUCUUCUGAUUUCCGACCUCAUCCAGCUCUGCAGCACAAUAUUUUGGUUGGCGAGACCUGAGGACUGGCAGAUAUAUAACAUUGUUUAUAUUUACUUCUUUGGUGUGAUGGCCAGUGCGUUCUUCAUGGUCUGUGUCGCACUGGAAAGGUAUUUGGUCAUUGUCUUCCCACUGUGGUACCGCUUCAGACGAACCGUCAAGACCUCUGUGCUGGUCUGUGUCAUGGUCUGGGCCAUUCCUCUUGUCUAUCUCCUCCCUUCUUAUUUCUGUAUUAAUCUUAAGGUCACCGAAGUAAUUGCCGCCAUCCUUUUACUCCUUCCUCUCCCACUGUUCAUAUUCUUCCUGAGCGGGACCCUCAAAGCCCUGUCUGCAUCCAUCUCCGUUCCCUCUAAUGAAAAACGAAGAAUUGUAGGAAUGUUGGUCCUGGUGCUGCUUAUUUACGCUGUUCUCUUUCUGCCAAGCAUCAUGUGGUCCCUGGUAGCGGGUGCCAGAAGUAACAAUAUCCUCAGCAACCUAUCUUUUGUGUUUCUUAGGUUGAGUCCUCUCGCAGACUUAGUUCUGUAUAUUUUCAUGAGGAAGGGGACCAUUGACAAGGUUUUGGCCUCUGUGUGUUGUUGCACAAUGGACGACAAUGGUGUCAGCAGUCCAACAACUUGAAUGGUGACAACAUGUCCACAGUGGUCAAGUCGAAAUGAUAGAGGCAACACAGAUUCUGUCAUCUACUGAUACGUUUUCCAACAACACACUGUGGACACAAGGAAGUGGCCAUAAAAAGGCAGGGGUCGUCAUAAAUGUGCCAGUGUGUCCCAAAGUAAUCCUCC